ACUCCGAUUCAUGCAAAUGAUAGAGGUGGAACGCGCAGCUGUGGCUAGCUGAAGGUUGGGGACGUUGUCCCAACGGUAAAUUGUUGUUUUUAUCCCCGGACGACUUGGGAUGGCAGCGAGCACAGAGGCCCCGGAGCCUUGGUAUCUGGCUCUGCUGGGCUUUGCGGAACAUUUCCGAACGUCGAGUCCUCCAAAGAUCCGGCUCUGCGUCCACUGUCUGCAGGCAGUGUUUCAGUUCAAGCCGCCCCCGAGGGUCGAGGCCCGGACUCACCUCCAGCUGGGCUCGGUGCUGUACCGCCACACAAAGAACAGCGAGCUGGCCCAGAGUCACCUGGAGAAAGCGUGGUUCAUAUCACAGCAGAUCUCUCAGUUUGAAGAUGUCAAGUUUGAGGCAGCGAGUAUUCUCUCCGAGUUUUACUGUCAACAGAAUUUGGUGGACUCUGCAAAGCCGGUGCUGCGGAAGGCCAUCCAGAUCUCCCAGCAAACUCCCUACUGGCACUGCAGGCUGCUUUUUCAGCUGGCGCAACUGCACGCACUGGAGAAAGAUUUGGUGUCCGCCUGCGACCUAUUAGGAGUCGGAGCAGAGUACGCGAGAGUCAUGGGAUCAGAAUACACGAGAGCCCUCUUCUUGUUAAGCAAAGGAAUGCUACUGCUGAUGGAGAGGAAGCUGAGCGAGGUCCACCCGCUGCUGACACUAUGUGGGACCAUUGUGGAGAACUGGCAGGGAAACCCCAUUCAGAAGGAGUCGCUGAGAGUUUUCUUCCUGGUUUUGCAGGUUACGCACUACCUGGAUGCUGGACAGGUAAAGAGCGUGAAGCCCUGUCUGAAGCAGCUGCAGCAGUGCAUCCAGACCAUCUCCACUCUCCACGACGAUGAGAUCCUUCCCACUAAUCCAGCAGCCCUUUUCCACUGGCUGCCCAAGGAGCACAUGUGUGUGCUUGUGUAUCUGGUGACUGUGAUGCACUCCAUGCAGGCGGGAUACUUAGAGAAAGCACAGAAGUACACAGACAAGGCGCUCAUGCAGCUGGAGAAGCUGAAGAUGCUGGACAGCAGUCCCAUCCUGUCCACGUUUCAAGUCAUCCUGCUGGAGCAUAUCAUCAUGUGCCGGCUGGUCACUGGACACAAGGCCACAGCUUUACAAGAAAUUUCUCAGGUUUGCCAGCUGUGCCAGCAGUCACCCAGGCUGUUUACCAACCACGCAGCCCAGCUUCAUACACUCCUGGGCCUGUACUGUAUCUCAGUGAACUGCAUGGACAAUGCUGAAGCCCAGUUCACUGCAGCUCUGCAGAUGACGACACAUCAGGAACUCUGGACGUUCAUUGUGACAAACCUGGCAAGCGUCUACAUUCGCGAAGGGAACAGACAUCAAGAGCUGUAUAGCCUUUUAGAGAGGAUUAACCCUGAUCACAACUUUCCUGUCAGCUCUCAUUGCCUUCGAGCUGCAGCAUUUUACAUCAGAGGGCUCCUGUCUUUCUUUCAGGGACGUUACAACGAGGCCAAGAGAUUUCUAAGGGAGACUCUGAAGAUGUCUAAUGCAGAGGAUCUAAACAGGCUGACGGCCUGCUCGCUCGUCCUCCUGGGCCACAUCUUCUUUGUUCUAGGCAACCACAGGGAAAGCAACAACAUGGUGGUUCCUGCCAUGCAGCUGGCAAGCAAGAUCCCAGACAUGUCUGUGCAGCUCUGGUCUUCGGCACUUCUUAAAGCAGAUUUGAACAAGGCUUGUGGAAACACCAUGGACGCCCACGAGGCCGCGCAGAUGCAUCAGAACUUCUCCCAGCAGCUCCUGCAGGACCACAUCGCAGCCUGCAGCCUCCCUGAACACAACCUCAUCAGUUGGACAGACGGCCUCCCUCCUGUGCAGUUCCAGCCUCAGAAUGGACCCACGACCAGCCUGGGCAGCCUACUCUGAAAACUCGAUGCCACAGUGACGGAGAAAAUGAGAGACGGAGCAGCUGCUGCAGACAAAACGGUUAAAGAAAACUGGGGUGUCUGAAAGUAGAAGCAGCUGAUAAAAGGGUAAAAAAAAAAAAGAAAAAGAGCGAGAGAGAGAAAGGAGGAGUAAUGAAUUUAAGGGAAAAAAUGAGGCACACUGCACUGUGUCAUUUGGCAGACUUCCAUUUGGUGCUUUCCUUCAUCUUUUUGGGGCACUGGGGCAUCACAGCUGGGUUUGACUGGGUUAAAGUGCCCCUGUUGUGGUUCUUUAUAGGCUCAUACUCGCUACAAUAGUUUUUCACACAUUCAUGUUUAAAAAAAAACACGAAAUAUUUUUUACACUGUACACUGCAGCGGUGCCACUUUUCACCCACUGUCUGAAACACUCGGUUUUAAAACCCCUUUGCCUGCCGACUUUGCCUGCCUUUUACCUUCUCUCUGAAAUUUACCUGAAACCACAACACUGACGUGCUUUUAGCCAAUGUGAACAGUGACUUUUAUCGAACAGCGAUUUUAGCAGCAGAGAGCAACGGGAGGAAAGAUGGUUUCAAAGUGAUGGCUAGUUUGCUUUAGUCGUACUGAGGUGGGUUUGUGUGAAGAUCUGUAAAUGAGUUUUGUUUGGGGUGUUAGAACAGGCAGUACAUGUGAAUGAAGAGAGUUGGAGAGAACAAGCAGACAGUACUGUUAGCCACAUUAGCCACACAGCAUACAAACACUAAGCUUAUAGAGAUUUUCCUCAUGUUGUGGGGACAUUGCAGUAACUCUCAGAGUGUAUGAAGACCACCUGAUACAUUUUAAAGUUAGCAGAAGUGGAUGCAGAAUGCAUCUGGAUUUAAUCAGCUCUUUAAUCUUUGUCUGUGGGUGUGUCACACUGGUCAUCAUGCAUGCGUGCAUUGUGUUAUACACAGUGAGGUAGAAAGCCUGGACUGUAAACGGGCGUUUCAGGAAGUUCUGUUAUUGAGAAUAACUCCAGUUUGACACUAAUGUUGGUCUUUGUAACUUUGCGAGGCUUUUAACUCCAUUAAAGCAUAACAGAGUCACUUUGAAUGUUUUCAGAAAACAUUGGGUUCUUUUAAAUACCUCAAAAAAUAAUGGAAGUGAGUGAGUACUAUGUGUUGCUGCUAACAUAGGCUAGUAUAAAAACAGUGUGUGGCUUUUUUCUGAGCAACAGACUCCACUGAGCACACCUGUGAUGCCCACCACCUGACCUGCUUCUUUCUGUAUGAAACAAAAAACAAAAGAUCUGCAGUUUUGUUGAACUUUUCUUUUAAAUUCGCCUGUGUUGUUCCACGAACGUGACAGACGCAGCUCGUCUCUUAACCUUUGUUUCAAACCACCAUGAAUGUGUUCUUAUAUUAAGUAAAAUAAAGCUUUUAGUUUUGAAGAGUUCGUUUUAAAGUCGAACCAGUGGCCAGACAGAUGCGUUUAGUUUGUUGUUGUGCACGAGUUCAGUAUUUGUCUCUUUAAAAGCACAGGCCGGCAGACUUUGAUAGAGUAUUUGGAUACGCAUUACAAAGCAUACUAUGUGUAAUUAUGUUAAUGUUAUGUAAUCAUAUGUUUGAUAUGGCUUACUCGCUGAAAAGGAUCAAAUGUUUAAAGUUGUAUGAAACGGCCAAACCAGCGGAGCAUUUUGUAAACAUCAUAAGAACUUAUUGAACGUCCAGUUGUAUGUAAAGUGUAAAACGUGACUGUGAUGUCACAAAAAAAGACUCAUCUGACAUCUUUUGACACUACAGUCUUACAGCCUGACUGUGCUUCCCUUUAGAUUUUUGUCAUUUCACUCUCACUGUGUAUAUCUCUAUGCUGUGCACAUUUUCCCCGGGUCAACAAACCAGUAAUAAGAAUAGCAUUUCUACUAAAAUAGAACCGACUGUUACCUCUUUGCACAUGUGCCGUUUCACAAUGAAACCUGUAAACGUUUUCAGAGUUAUACUGUUUUCCGUUUCACUUAUCUCUUCCAGACGAUGUCUUUAUGUAUCUAUAUUUAAAUAACUUAUUUAUUUAAGGGUUUUUUUGUUUUUUGCCAACACAGUUUAUAAUAGUUUUGAUAUAUUAUUAUAUAGCAUGUAGGACUAUGAUUUUUGAGUUCAAGCUAAAGUAGGAAAAGAUUUAAUUAGUUAAGACAGUUUUACAAAUGUAUUUUAAAAAUCAACUACUGAGUUUGGUCAGCUGCAUAGUGAUUAUUGCGAUAAAGCAAAGACGUUCGGUUGGUACGGUGUGGUUGCCAUUUAUUUUAUUGCCAUUUUACAGCAUGUCAUAAAAGGAAUGUUUAAUUUCUGUUCGCCAUGUUGUCAUUUUCAUGACUUAACUUUAACACUUGUAUAACUUUUUUUAUGAAUAAAGAUUCUAAAGUUGAA